UUAUUAUAUUUAUAUCUAACUCAUUAUAUUCAAGUGAUGGGUUUAUUAUGGAGAUUCUACCGUCAUACGAAGAUGCGAUAAGUAAUCCGGACUGGCUGGAUCUUGUGGCCGAAUACGUCCCGGUGAUUUACUGGUCCCGGUGUUGUCUGGUCGAUCACCGGUUUUAUUACCGGUUCGCGCCCCGCCUUUGGCAAGAUCCGUUGGUUACUAUUAGACGCCUCGGGAUGCAUCCGAAUGAUGACUUAGCUUGGUAUCGUCGCUUCAUAAAUAAGCACAUCAAAUCUGCCAGACUUAAAACCCGGUCGUAUGUUCGCUCUCUGGAUUUCCGCAGUUUCGCAUCGCGGGCAUCUGGCCUCUACUCUUCAGAAGCAAGCGAACGAGCCAUCUCAGAAAGUUUCAAGCAAUUACCUCAAAUAUUCCCGGGGCUCAUAUGUCUUCUCGUGGACGGACAUCCGGAACUUAAUCCGGAGGCGCUGGCCACUAGUACCAGCACAUCUGAGUCUUUACAACUGCUUGAUCUAGCUCGGUGUCGCCAUGAGCUCACGCCAAAGCUAUUUCACUCCGAUUUAUUUAGGGGUCUUGUAUAUUUAGAUAUAUCUUAUGUGCCAGGAUCUGUUAAAACUGCACUCCAGUCAUCACUCAAUCCCAGAUCAUUACCCGAACUCCGGGUACUGAGGGUGGCGGGUCGAGAGAUAGAUAAUCCGACCGCCAGUCUACUAUUCCAGACUUUCCGUCGCCAGCUAUGGAGCCUUGACCUAAGCUACAAUAAACUAGGAGACGAUAUUCUUGACGAAGUUGUUGAACGCUGCGUUUCUCUUUUUGACUUCCACACAGAUGCACACUUUGAAAAAGAAGGGAAGUUGAUUCAGCCGAAGGACAUUGGGAGCCGAAAGUACGGGCCUUUUCAAUUCGUUGUGGAAUCGGAGUAUAGUAGUCGGCACCAUAAUUUGGAAAGAUAUCUCGCCGAUUCUCCGUUCUACACCCAACGAGCCGAUGAGAUUGAGCUGCAGGAAUGGCAAGCUUUCCGUCCCAAUGGCCUUUCUACAAUCAGACGCGAUGAUGCGAAUACGGCGAAAGAGUCGUUGCUUGACGAAGCAAUGUCAACUGUAGUUAAGAGGAUUAGCUUUAGGGGGCAACCUGGCCUGCGAGAAGGUGGAUUGACGCACCUAUACUUGAGCGGAAAUAAGUUUACUGUGCCGGGUAUCGAAAGGCUUCUGAGAACAUCUCGCGGACGAUUGGAGCACUUCGAAUGCGAUUCUUGCCUGUGCACACCAGCCAACUCGAAAGGGGUUAAAAUCCUGGGUUUCCCAAGCUCCGCGCCAUUAUUUCGGCCUCUUAUCUCAUCGGCAAUACGGUCUCUAAGAAUCCAUCAUUCUGUCGUGACCCAAGUCCCAUCCGUUUCAAUAGAAGGGUAUUCCUCCGCAUCUACUGCGCGACUUGCCGAAGAUCAUCUGUUUCGGAACAUCCAACGUUCUUAUCCCCUAGCUUUCACACCCGAUACUAACACACGUAUCACUUCACUAACGCUCACGAAAAUCCCGGCCCGAUCGACAGGACCAGUAAUCGACCAGCUAAUCCAAUUUCUUCAAUCUGCAUCAGCACAACAAAAGGCUAUCAGAGACGCCGAGGCGCUAUUCCGCGGACGCGGCUCCUCAGCUUUAAGAGGGCUGCGACAUAUACGGCUCGAAUUAGAGUCGGAGUUUUCCGAAAGGGUAGACGUUAUCUCAACAAGCGGUGAUGUUGACUUUGACAAGCUUCUCGAUCCAGCCGACGAUGAUUUUAGCCGCGAUACGACGAGUUUCUUCGAUGACGAAGAUGUGUCGUUUGGAAUUACUUCGAGGAGGAAUAAAGCCCAAGUCAAACCAAACAAUGCGACCGUCGAUACCAAAGGAUACGCGCAAUGGACUUCGGGUAGAUUGAAAUCAUAUCCGUAUUCAGAUAUCGACACCGAAUACAUGACCCAACACGUCGACGCAUCGCACUCGUGGUCAGGCAACGUUUAUUCCGCCCCUGUAUGGAUCGGACCAGGCGUAAUAACACCCCAUGCCGCGGUCAACGAGUACAUGUGGAAUCUGCAAGACCCCAAUCUUCGUACUAAUAUCGGACCCGCGACUCCCAACCACGUCGCUGCCGGAGUGCCGCCGUUAACUUACAUAUUCCAUACGGCAUGGGAAGCCAUGAUUAUGCCAAAGAAUAACGCCAUCCAAGCGGCAGUAAAGAGCUCCACUCGAUUUAAAGACGUAGCUACAGCCAUCAAAGAGUAUCGUCUUCGGACGAGGGGCACAGCAGAUCAUUGGGAUGGGAAGUUAGAACUGGUGAGAACGGGAUAACAUGUGUGUUCUUGUAUUAGAACUAGAGUUUAAUUUCACGAUCAUUUUAGAUACCCCAUAGGUAGCCUAUACAUAUCCGCAUAGUUCCCUAUAUCCGUGUUCAGUAUAAAACACACCUCACCUAAGCCAUCUUCCCCAAAACAUAAGGAUGUCCCGCACUCAACCCCCCAUCGACCGCCCACGCCUGCCCAUUAACAUAACUCGCCUCAUCGCUCCCCAAGAAAAGCGCCACCCUCGCCACCUCAUCCGCCACCGCACCCCUCUUCAACGGGUUCAGCUGUCCGAUCUUCCUCGUCGUGCCCCGCGCGCGCGCGGCCUCGAAGGUCGGCGCCGUCAUCCCUGUCUCGAUUAACCCAGGGCAGAUGGCGUUGACGCGGAUAUUAGUCCCCGAGAGCUGGUACGCGAUUGUCUGUGCGAGGGAGAUCACGGCGGCUUUGGAUGCGGAGUACGGUGUUGACCCUGCGUUUGAGCGCAGGCCGGCUACGGAGGCGGUGCCGAUUAUACUCCCGGAAGGGGAGGGUUUGGACGGGGUGGUUAGAUGCAUGGCUGGGGCGGCGUAUUUGGCUGCUAGGAAGACGCU